UCGUCUCCCUCAGCCUCGUCCGACACCAUCACCAGCCUCGCAAUGGCCGCCACAGGCCUCGUCGCAGUCGAGACGCUGCCCCGAUUCCUCCUUCCCCGGCUCAGCUGGACUGCGCCGCUCUCAGCAUCCCGACCCGCCGCUGCCCGACCCUUUGCCGCAUAUCAUCAAGCCCGGCCCAGCAUUCGGAGCGCAAUCCCCGCCUUCAACGCCGCCUUCUCGGACGCGAGACGUCGCGAUGGCCAGAUGCCGGCGCUGAGGCGGGGUUUCCACGCCACCGGCCAGCGGCAUCGCGAGCAUCACUUUGACACGCUCAAGUUUGUCAAGCAGCUCGAGGGUGAGGGCUUUACGGAGGAGCAGUCUGUCGCCAUGAUGAAGGUCCUCAACGACGUCAUCCAGGAGAGCAUCCAGAACCUGACGCGAACCAUGGUCCUCCGCGAAGACGCCGCCCGGACGACGUACACGCAAAAGGUCGACUUCGCCAAGCUGCGCUCCGAGCUGACGGCGGCCGACAGCACCGAGUCCAACACGACGCGCAUCGCGCACGAGCGCCUGACCAACGACAUUGCCAAGCUGAGCAGCCGGCUGCGCGACGAGAUCGGCCGCACCCAGGCCAGCGUGCGGCUGGACCUCAACCUGGAAAAGGGCCGCAUCCGCGAGGAGGCCGUGACGCAGGAGCUCAAGAUCAAGGAGACGGAGACCAAGAUUGAGCAGGAGGUGGCGGCGCUGCGGGAGAAGCUGGAGCAGGUCAAGUUCCAGACGCUGCAGUGGCUGAUGGGCGUGUGCACGGGUUUCGCGGCGCUGCUGCUUGGUGCCUGGAGAUUGCUCAUGUGAG